AUGAACGGCCCUGCCGAAGGUUCUCCCAGAUAUCACGUUGGUGACGUCCUGGAGUUGCACAUCCUCCAAUCCAACGCCGAUCUCCUUCCCCAGUCCGAAACGAUCUCGGUCAGGAUCAGUCAGCUCAUCACCAGCACCAUGUCUAUCGUGGUACGCGUCAAUUUCGACACUGGGUGCGCCAUCCUGAAGCUCUACGACCGUCGGUUUGGUGCUCAAUUCCGCGAGUGCCAUGGCGAGAACAUCCCAUAUUGUGAUAAAGCCAAGGCAGCCUAUCACGCUUUUCUGCAACGAGGCGCUAUGGAGCCUUUCCUUCAAGAGCUGGACAUUGAGCGGUCGACACCCGGUGUUAUCCCUCGCACUGCCAGCGAUAUCCGAGAUGAGCCUGAUGGAGUUGCCUGGUUCGAAGCUGCGCUUUGGAGAAAUGCUGACAAGGCUUUCAAGACCGAGACCGAAGCGUACACACGUAUGCAGGACCUGAAAGGAUGCUCUCUGAGUGAUCUUAUUACCGCACCCUGGGCCCCUACGACCGAAGAAGAAUGGUUCUCCAUCGUACAGAGUGCAGUCGAUUCAACACACGAGAUCAAUAAAAGAGGCAUAGUUCUCGACGACAGCGCCCCCCACAACGUGGUUGCAGACCGAAUUACGCACCCGGUUUUCAUCGUUGACUGCUCUGAGCGCUUCUUCAGAGACACAAUGUUCGAUCGUUGGGCAAAGAAGGCGGAGGGCUGGAAUGCUGAGGCCGAGUACUGCGAGGUGGUAACAGCGAAUGAUAACCCUGGGGCGAUUGGGCUCCCUACAGUGCGACGGAUCCGCAAGAAGUUUGGAUGGGAUCUGGAUAUCGCCUAUCCUGAAUCGGAUGAUCUGCUCUUGGAGAGCAAGUGCCAGACCCCGGACCAAUAA